GGGCAUCAUUUCAUCUUCCGAUCGCAACCAGUUCGGAUCCAUUGUUGCGAUCUCCCCACAGUGCUCCUAUUGUUUUAUCAUUUGUGCACCGCGUGAACUUUGAGUUGAGAUUGCUUGCGAUACCCGCGGUCGCAAACAGUUGGGGUUCCGUUCAAAAUCAACUCAAUCGAGCGCGCGGUUUGGUGACCUCGCGGAUAUUGGUGGGUUAGUUCGCGGUAUUUUUCGGGGGGUAUAAUACUUGACGGCGAGGUUAAGAGAGAAGGUUUCAUUUGAAGUUAACAAUAUUUUAUGUUCGGGUUCUAUGGUGGUGGCUGUGAAGCAACUCCGCUGAAAUCAUGUUACGAUCUGGCGAGAUGUCGAUCGCGUUGCUGCUGGCUAUCGUCGUUGGUUUGGUUUGUAUCCCGUGGGUAGAAACUGGUCGCAAAGGUUCCAAGUACAGGGUUAACGCACCAUGCACGACGGAGGAGUUUCAGUGCGAUAGCGGAGCGUGUAUUCCGAAGGCGGGUCGAUGUAACGACAGCAAGGACUGUUCGGAUGGGAGUGAUGAGAGCGACUGUGACUAUUUCCUGUGUAGAAAACCGAUGUGGUAUCGCUGCAAGCACGACAACAGCAGCUGUAUCAGUGCGUCGUUUCUGUGCGAUAAACACGACGACUGUCCGCUAGGGGACGACGAGGAGAACUGUGAGAACUACGAGGUGCCACAUGUGCCGGUGCCCUGCAGCAAGUUCGAGUUCACCUGCACGGACAAAAUGUGCAUCCCGGUGGAUCUGGUGUGCGAUGGAACGGCCCACUGCAUGGAUGGUUCGGAUGAAACGAUCGGAUGCAUGGAUAUUGAGAGCAAGUGCAAGGGCUUUUUGUGCAAGAACAAGCGCUGCCUCAAGAACCACGACUGGGUGUGCGAUGGGAUCGAUGACUGCGGCGAUGGUUCGGACGAGGAGAGCUGCGUAGCGGAGUGUACAGCUGUGCACGGGAAGUUUGAAUGUGCGGAUAACAGUACGUGUGUGAACCUGACGCAGGUUUGCGACGGGAAGGAUGAUUGUGGGGAUCGGAGCGAUGAGGGGGGACUGUGCAGCUCAAGAGAGUGCGAUAGUUUGAAGUGUCCAGAGGGUUGUCAGAAUACUCCGCAUGGAGCGGUUUGUCUGUGCAAAAAGGGGUUCGCGUUCAGCAAGAGCUCGCGGAUAUGUGAGGAUAUCAAUGAGUGCGAUCGGUAUGGGUUGUGCUCGCAGGGAUGUGAGAACACCCCCGGCUCGUUUCGGUGUACCUGUGUGGAUAAGUAUACACUGAAGAAAGAUGGUAGAACUUGUGAGUUGAUCGAGGCGACCGAAGCGCUCCUUCUCUACACCACGCAGAAAACCAUCGGUGCGCUUUAUCUAACCUCGAAGCACCAGUACUACGUAGCGAAGGAUCUCUCGCAGGUGAUCGGAGUGAGCUUCGACGGAUCGUUCGUCUACUGGACGGACAUUUCCUUCAAGACCGAAUCGAUCGAGCGAUCGUUGGAGGAUGGAAGCAAACGGGAGCUUCUGCUCACCUCCGGCCUAGCUUCCCCCGAAGAUCUAGCGCUGGAUUGGUUGACCGGUAACAUAUAUUUCUCCGACAGUGGUCAUAUGAUGAUUGCCGUCUGCUCGAACAAUGGCUACCACUGCUCGACACUGAUCCAGGAUGCUCUCCACAAACCCCGAGGUAUCGCGCUGUAUCCCCAGAAGGGAACCAUGUUCUACUCGGACUGGGGUGACAAGGCGAUGAUCGAACGGGCCGAUAUGGAUGGUAGCAACAGGAGUACCCUGGUGAAGGAUGAUAUUCACUGGCCGAACGGACUGUGCAUUGAUUGGCCCAACAACAGACUGUACUGGGUUGACGCGAAGCUGAAACGGAUCGAGAGCAUCCGACUGGACGGUACCCAGCGGACGACCGUGUUGCGGGAUGUCGUCAAGCAUCCCUUCUCGAUUGCGGUGUUCAACGAGCGCAUCUACUGGUCGGACUGGGAUACGAAGAGUAUUCAAUCGUGCGACAAAUUCAGCGGGAAGGAUCGUCAGACUGUGAUUCACGAUCGGCAAGUUUUCGAUGUCCACAUCUACCACUCGAGCAUCCAACCGAAAGAGGAUCACGCAUGUACGGGAACGUUCUGUUCGCAUCUCUGUCUGCUCAAGCCCAACGACAGCUACACGUGCGCCUGCCCCACCGGAAUGAGCCUCAAACCGGAUAAACACUCCUGUCGGGAGACGGUAAAACGCCAAUAUCUCUUCAUGGGUAUCGGAAACCACCUCUUGAAGAUGGACGUUCAAUCAUUUGGUCGCCACGAUCUCACCAAGGAAGACGCCUUCGGGUUUCAGAUCCACCGAAUGGCGUUCAAUUCGAUCACCGGUGAGCUCUUCGUGGCGGACAACGUCCAGAAAAUUAUCUACGUGGUCGAUCUAAAGUCGAAGGACUUCCGGAAGCUUAUCAGCGAUGGGAUUGGGAACAUCACUGCGUUGACCUUCGAUUUUCUCGGCAACAACCUCUACUGGGCGGACAGCGAACGGUCUACCAUCGAGGUGUUCUCGAUGCAGACCCGCCACAGGGCCAUCAUCCAGCAUUACCUCGGUACGGAGGCACCCAUUGGGCUGGCGGUCGUCCCGGAGAUCGGUAAAAUGUUCAUCGCACUGCGAUCCUCCUCCCAGGUGCCCCACACGCACAUCGAUCGCCAGGAUAUGUCCGGUCGGGGCGCCCACACGCACAUCAUCGAGGACAAACUGAGCGCCAACGGGACGUUUCACUUUGUCGUCGAUCGGGAUCUACGCUCGGUGUACUGGAACGAUGUGGGUCGCAGCCGGAUCGAGUUCACCAGUUACGAGGGGGAUACACGCUACCUGUACCGGGAGUAUCUCCGGCAGCCUGUGUCCCUUGCGAUCGUGGGGGAUGGUCUGUUCUGGACGUGCUUCCGUUCGAAUCGCCUGUACUGGUCGGACAAGCACAACCUGGGGUCCACCAAGAAGAUCAACAUCGACAAGCUACCGUUUGGGAACUUCCCGGAUGAGAUCGUGCUGGGAUCGAGCCAAGCGCUACAGCGAUACGAUCACCCGUGCCAGAAGCAGAAUGGAGGAUGCUCGCACAUCUGUGUCGCCGCCGGGAUGUACAGUAGCGCGUGCGUUUGUCCGACCGGUAUGAUCUUCAACUCGCCGGAAAACACGACCUGCAUCGAUGCGAUCGAUUGCGAGUUCCGGUGCACCAGUGGGGAGUGUCUGACGAUCAGUAAGCGCUGCAACGGCAACACGGACUGCGCGGAUGGAUCCGACGAGAAGGGAUGCGACGACGAGGGCGGGAAGAAACGAACCAGCCAGGUGUGUCGAUUCGAUGAGUUCAUGUGCACCGAUAGGAGCAAGUGUGUCAACCAAACGCUACGCUGCGACAAGCAUUUCGACUGCGCAGAUCGAUCGGACGAGAGGAACUGCGAGGGGUACGAUGUGGGCAAGGGAUGCCACAGGAAUCAGCACGCCUGUCCGGACGGGAUGUGCAUCGAUGUGAAUGCACUGUGCGAUGGCGUUCCGGACUGUGCGGACGGAUCGGAUGAGAGCGAGUGCGUCAAUCUGAACAACGCGGAGCGGAAUGCCACCACAUGUGAUCCGUCGAUGUUUCGCUGCAACUCGGGUCAGUGCAUUUCGAAGUGGUGGGAGUGCGACGGAAAGCCGGACUGUUCGGACGCUUCGGACGAACACGGCAAGUGUCGGUCGAAGAUCCGCUGCGAGAAGGGAUUCACGAAGUGUGCCCUCGGGCACUGUAUCGAGGAUCGGCUGGUGUGCGAUGGGAACAACGAUUGCGGGGACAAUUCGGACGAGCAGAACUGUACGGUGACAGCGGAGCUGUGUGUUGGGUUGGAGGAUGACAAGCCAACGAAAUUUUUGUGUCCCCGAUCGGGGAAGUGUUUGGAUAUCGCGGUUCGAUGCAACGGAACCUCGGAGUGCCCGAAUGGUGAGGAUGAAGCCGGUUGCACCAACUGUGGAAUGCACGAGUUUCAGUGCAAGAGUGGGAAGUGUAUCCGGAAGGAGUGGCACUGCGACAGAGAGGUCGACUGUGACGAUGGGAGUGACGAGGUGGACUGUGUCAAUGGGACGCGGCCUACAAGCGAUCUGUUUCACGUGGCCUGUGGCGAGGGAACGUUCGAAUGCAAACCGGGCGUCUGCAUCGAGAUGAGCAAGGUUUGUGACGGGCGGAAAGACUGCACUGACGGAAAGGAUGAAGGUAAGGGGUGUGCCAGUGCGUGCUUGAGGAAUCCCUGCGAGCAGAAGUGUAUCAAAACACCGAAUGGCGCCCUCUGCGAGUGCCAUGUGGGAUACACCCUGGCUGGCAACAAGAAAUCCUGCCUGGACAUCGACGAAUGCUCCAUUGGAAAGCCCUGUGCUCAAAUCUGUCGAAACACUCGUGGGUCGUAUCGCUGCUCUUGUAAUCCGGGGUUCAUGCUGCGUCCGGACAAAAUUGCCUGCAAGGCCGACGGUCCCAGCCGCUCGAUACUCUACACUACCUACAAUCAAAUCCGCAAACUGGACGUCAACCCUCCGUCGAUCCGGAUCCUGCUACAGACCAAUGAUUCGCGCAUCACUAGCAUGGAUGUUGACGUGCGACGUCAGAUGCUGUACUUUACCGAUGAGCAGAGUCCCGUUAUCUAUGAGUACAACCUCGCCCACAAUACGACCAUGGCGCUGCACAACGUUGGCCACCCGGAGCACCUCUCGGUGGAUUGGAUCACCGGGAAUCUGUACUUCUUCGAUCGGUCCGAACCGUCUAUCAAGGUGUGCUCGUUGAGACGUGAAGCAUGUGCCCGAAUCGCCACAUUUACUUCCCAAGUCUUCGUCAAAGCCCUCAGCGUAGAUCCCAUCAACCAGAUUCUUUUCUACUCGGUGAUGCACUUCUGGAUCUUCGAAAUUCCCCACUCAAUCAUCUACAGAGCGAAUCUGGACGGUUCGCACGAACAGGUCGUCACCCGAGAUCUCUCUCACGUAUCCGCGAUCGAGUGUGACAUCGAAAACAAACUGCUCUAUCUAACGGACCUAACCUCCAAGUCCAUUAAAACGGUAGACUAUGAGGGCAAGCAGGUACGAACGAUUAUCGACCGGCAGCCGUUGGCACUUAGUCGACCCAUCAGUUUGACGGUGUACGAAAAUCAGGCACUCGUGCUAAACAUGGCAUCCUCGACGGUUGGCCAGUGCAAGCUCUAUGGAGACUACGAAUGUAAGCUCCUGGAGCUUAACGUACACAACUCCGACCAGCUUCUGGUCGUCCAGGAAUCCCGCCAACCACUCGCCGAAAACGUCUGCGAUCCGCACAAAAUCAACUGUAGUCUGGUGUGCGUUCCGGCGGAACACGGCGGAAAAUGUAUCUGCCACAAUGGAGAACACAUACGGGAAGGAGACGUUUGUCCCCACGCUUCCUCCAAUCCCAUCCUCACACCACACCUGUCCCACGCUCAAGAGAGCCUCCCCAACACACUCCCUGUAGACCAUUCCGAGGAUCAGUCAUCCGCCACGGUUGUCGACCUAUUCCUCGGACUGAUAGUGACGGUUGGCGCCGUGGGCACCCUCGUCUACUUCUACAGACGUCGCUUCCACCGCAAGUUCAACGUCGGCAUGCACUUCCACAACCCGGAGCUGAGCACGGUGGACGCCGCCGAGGUGAAACUAUUCCAGGGCGCCCCGAAGCUGCACCAAACAGCCACGCUGACCGAGCUGACGCUGGAAACGUCUCCUCCUCCGGUGACACGAGGCGCCGCCGCCGGUCCCUCCCGGUCAUUCGAUGCUUCGAGUUCGGGCUCGCCACAGCAUUUGGAUAUCACCACCACCGCCCUGGAGCUGGAUAGCGUCUCCGAUGCGGACUCGAUGAAGGAUGCGUACGACCACUCGUCGGUCGAUCCCAAGCAGAGGUUAAUUUUGUGAUCGUUCUGUUUGCCACUCAUGUGUAAAAGUUUGUAGUUAUAAGAUGAUUAGUUUAGUGUACUGUGCAACUGUGUUGUUAUCUGAAUACAUUUGUUUGUAUGAAAGGAA